GUGAGGCUCCUGCAAUCAGGAAAGGCUGGGAGUCAUUGCGAUCAGAGGCGGCUGUCUCAGAACUGCUUGGCCCCGCCGGGAGGAGGCGCCACUCGCGAUUGCAGGUGCCCGCGCUGGGGCAGCGAUUCAACCUCACUCCGGUUGGCCGAGGAGGAAAAGGAGAAGGAAAGGGCAGGGCCGGGUCCCCGCCCCUCGCGCCCCGGAUGGAUGUGCCUGGCCCGGUGACACGACGGGCGGCGGCGGCGGCGGCCACAAUGCUCCUGCGCACGGCUCGGGUCCCGCGCGAGUGCUGGUUCGUGCCCACCGCGCUGCUCUGCGCCUACGGCUUCUUCGCCAGCCUCAGGCCGUCCGAGCCCUUCCUGACCCCCUACCUGCUGGGGCCCGACAAGAACCUGACGGAGAGGGAGGUCUUCAAUGAAAUAUAUCCAGUAUGGACUUACUCUUACCUGGUGCUGUUGUUUCCUGUGUUCCUUGCCACAGACUUCCUCCGUUAUAAACCUGUUGUUCUGCUGCAGGGACUCAGCCUUAUUGUUACAUGGUUCAUGCUGCUCUAUGCCCAGGGACUGCUGGCCAUUCAGUUCUUGGAAUUCUUCUAUGGCAUCGCCACCGCCACUGAAAUUGCCUAUUACUCCUACAUCUACAGUGUGGUAGACCUGAGCAUGUACCAGAAAGUCACGAGUUACUGUCGAAGUGCCACCUUGGUGGGCUUCACAGUGGGCUCUCUCCUAGGGCAGAUCCUCGUCUCAGUGGCAGGCUGGUCCCUAUUCAGCCUGAAUGUCAUCUCUCUUACCUGUGUUUCUGUGGCUUUCGCUGUGGCCUGGUUUCUGCCUAUGCCACAGAAGAGUCUUUUCUUUCACCACAUUCCUCCCUCCUGCCGGGGAGCAAAUGGCGUCAAGGUACACAGUGGUGGCAUUGCUACUGAUACCUCAGCUUCUAACCACCUUCCGCAGUGGGAAGACGUUGAAUCAAAAAUCCCUCUAAAUACAGAGGAGCCUCCCAUGGAAGAACAGGAAUCCAAGCCAGACCGUCUCCUCGUGCUGAAGGUCCUGUGGAAUGAUUUCCUGGUGUGCUACUCUUCUCGCCCUCUGCUCUGCUGGUCCGUGUGGUGGGCCCUCUCCACCUGCGGCUACUUUCAAGUCGUGAACUAUGCACAGGGCCUGUGGGAGCAGGUGAUGCCUUCUCGUCAUGCUGCCAUCUAUAACGGCGGCGUGGAGGCCGUUUCAACCUUACUGGGUGCUGUUGCUGUGUUUGCAGUUGGUUACAUAAAAAUAUCCUGGUCCACUUGGGGAGAACUGACAUUGUCUCUGUUUUCUCUCCUGAUUGCUGCUGCGGUGUACAUCAUGGACACCGUGGGUAACAUUUGGGUGUGCUACGCAUCCUACGUUGUCUUCAGAAUCAUCUACAUGUUACUCAUCACUAUAGCAACUUUCCAGAUUGCUGCAAACCUCAGCAUGGAGCGCUACGCCCUAGUGUUUGGUGUAAAUACCUUCAUCGCUCUGGCACUGCAGACUCUGCUCACUCUAAUUGUGGUAGAUGCCAGUGGCCUUGGCUUGGAAAUUACCACUCAAUUCUUCAUCUAUGCUGGUUAUUUUGCACUCAUCGCUGUGGUUUUCCUGUCUAAUGGUGCAGUCAAUAUUUUGAAGAAAUACAGAAAGCCGGAAGAUCCAGAAUCAAGUACUCAAGUGACCACUUCAUAACGCACUGCUGAUGAGCUUCUUAUCACAAGAACUCUGCACAGCAGCUGUGCCUGGAUGUAUUUAAUUUUUUAAAGUGUAGACACAUAUUUAUGAGUGUGCAUUUCAUGGCUUCAAAGCAGCCAAUUGACUAUACCUUGUCCUCCUAGAGUAAUAGAAUACUGUUCAGAAGUGAAAUGUACUUCAUGGAUUAUUUACGAGGCCAAUAUAAGGAUGACUGUUUUCUGAUGUGAAAGUGAGCUUGCUUUCGAAAACCAAGUAAUCAAGAGCAAUCAAGCAGCACAUGGUGAUGUAUACUUGCUAGGAAGUGAGUCUGGUGUUUCAUAGGUCAAGUACUUCUGUAUCAGAUUAGCCAGAUGCUUGGCCUGGUGGGACCAGGGCUUCACAGGGGCCACAGAUGUUACAGGUCAGAACAGAAAUAUGUUCUAACAGCACCUGCCUCUGUUCAACUUAAUUCUUAUUUCUGUGUUAUUCAUGUGCAUUUGUGUUUCUACAGAUGAAAGUUGUUCCUAUCACCGACAAUAUGUGCUCUGGUUUGGUGUUUUAUAAGGAAUAUGUGUCGUUUCUAAUUUAAGUUAUUUAAAAAAAUUCAUUGUGUAAAUAUUCUCAAUU